AUGCAAGCCCCACCGAACACCGUGCUGCUCGUCAUCGACGCCCAAGCGUCCAACUUCCUCCCUCCGCCCCUCGGCGUCCCCGACGGCGCCAUCCUCCUCCUCGCCCUCCAGCGCGUCCUCUCCAUAGCCCGCGCCGCCCGCGACAAACCGCUCAUCAUCCACACCACAAAUCCCCCCGACUUCUUCUCCUCGCCGCUCGCACACGCACACACCCCACUCUCAUCCCCUCCCGCAUCCCUCCAUAUUCCGUAUCCCCUCCCUCUCCGCCCGCUACCCUCCGAACCCGUCGUCUCAACCCCUAAAAACAACGCGUUUUCACAUACGCGGCUUUUCUCGCUCAUCCCACCCGGUCCUAACGUCCUCGUUGUCGUCGUAGGCUGCCAGACCGAUUUUUGUAUACGCGCGACGUGCAGUGCAGCGCUGGAUAGGCGUAACCAGGUCGUGUUGGUGAGGGGCGCACAUGGGACUUAUGAUAGGAUGGAUGUGCCCACGCCGGGCGGGAGGAGGAGGGCCGCUGUCCGUUCGCGGGCGCCGGUGGUGCAGGGGGAGAUAGAGGCGGAGUUGGAGGAGGCGGGGGUGGUGCUUGUGGAUGUGGAGGAUGUGGAGGAGUUGUUUGGUUGA